AUGGAGGGAAAUCAUAAUUUUCCAAUUCCCCCUGUUGGAAAGUAUUAUUUAGGUGAUUCUGGUUAUGCUCUUCGACCCGGUUUUCUCACACCUUAUCGGGGAGAAAGGUAUCACCCUGAUCAAUACAGUACAUCACGCCAACCUACUAGUUAUAAGGAAAUGUUUAACAAGAAGCAUUCUUCCCUUAGAUCAGUAAUCGAGCGAACUUUCGGAAUAUGGAAGGCGAAAUGGCGAGUUUUGAAAGAAAAACCAAGGUAUAAUAUACGGGUCCAACAAAAGGUUGUGGCGGCAACAAUGGCACUGCAUAAUUUUAUUCGUUUAUCAAACUUACAAGAUAUUGAUUUUGAGAUAGAACCUGUUGAAGAAAGUGAUGCAACAAAUGAAGACGAUUCAUCGGAUGAUGAAAAUGACGAAGAAAACCAUAACGAUGCUUCGAUUAGGUAUAUGGAGGGAAUUCGAGAUGAAAUUGCAGCGACAUUAUGGGAUUCUCGAUGUUGA